GAAACUUUAGUGCUGUUUCGCUGUACUGUGUCUCUGCAUUUUGUGAAAUGGCUGAAGCCAGGUUUUCUCAUGACCAGUUCAGCUGUUCAGUGUGUCUGGAUUUGCUGAAGGAUCCAGUGACUAUUCCCUGUGGACACAGUUACUGUAUGAGCUGCAUUAAACAUUGCUGGAAUCGAGAGGAUCAGAAGAGAGUCUACAGCUGUCCUCAAUGCAGACAGACCUUCAGACCAAGACCCACUUUAAAGAAAAACACCAUGCUGGCUGAAGUGGUGGAGCAACUGAAGAAGACUGAAUGCAAAACUGCUGUUCCUGCUGUUCCUGCUGGACCUGGAGAUGUGAAGUGUGACGUCUGUAUUGGAAGAAAACAAAAAGCUGUGAAGUCCUGUCUGGUGUGUCUGAACUCUUUCUGUCAAAACCACCUUGAACAACAUGAGAAUCUCUUCAAAGGUAAGAGACACAAUCUAAUGGAUGCCACUGGAUACCUUCAGAAGAUGAUCUGCCGUAAACAUAAUAAACUGCUGGACAUUUUCUGCCGCUCUGACCAGAGUUGUAUAUGUAUGCUCUGUAUGGUGGAUGAACACAAAAACCAUGAGACUGUAUCAACUGCAGCAGAGAGGACAGAGAAACAGAAACACUUGGGUGAUACACAGAGAAAAUACCAGCAGCAAAUCAAGAAGAGAAAGAAAAGACUUCGGGAGCUGAAAGAGGCUGUGGAGGCUCACAAGAGCUCUGCACAGACAGCAGUGGAGGACAGUGAGAGGAUCUUUACUGAACUCAUCCGCUUCAUUAAGAGAAGACGCUCUGAGGUCACACAGAUGAUCAGAGAUCGAGAAAAGACUGAAGUGAGACGAACUGAAGCACUUAUGAAGCAACUGGAGAAGGAGAUUGACCAAAUGAGGUUGAUAAAUGCUGAGCUGGAGCAGCUUUCACAAACACAAGAUCACAUCCAUUUCCUCCAGAGUUACCUGUCUCUCCCUGUUCCUCCUGGAUCUCCAGAUGUUCCCAAAAUCACUGAGAGGUCUUUUGAUAAAGUAGGAAAAUCAGUGUCUCGGCUGAGACAGAAUUUGGAGGAUUUCUGCACAGAGAAUAUUGAAACGCUAUCUGGUCAAGUGAGAUGCAUCCAGAUCAUUUCUCCCCCAGUACAUGUGAUCAAGAAAAAGCUUUUUCACCACAAUAAAACAACAAAUACUAGAGGAAGAACAGACUUUUCCUUUUACAAAUUAUCACUGAGAGGUCACAAAUUCACGCUCUUCUGCCCUCAGCUCGCGUUUUCGUGGAGGACCAAAGAACAAACAGAGCCCUUCAUACGUCUCCGAGCUGAAAAGGACAGUCUCUUCACAGGGGGAAGGAACUCUGCCCUGAAUGGCCAGGGGACAGAUGAUGGGAAACCAACUGCAGCAACCUGGCCCUGGUUUGUGCUAAUGGAUGAGGUAUUAGGGCAAUCUGCUUCAGUGUCACCCCCAGUCCUAAUUUCCUCCAUCCAAGAAGACAAGGCAGGAACAAGCUCAGUUGUGCUGGAAGACGAAGGGACAGAGACAACAGACAAGAUGGAGAAAAGAGGCAAGAAAAGAGGGAGCUGUGUUGUGUCUCUGUCUGUGAGUGCAUGCAGUGAAAUGGCUGAAGCAAGUGUUUCAGCAGAGCAGUUCAGCUGUUCAGUGUGUCUGGAUUUGCUGAAGGAUCCAGUAGCCAUUCCCUGUGGACACAGUUACUGUAAGAGCUGCAUUACAGACCACUGGAAUCAAGAGGAUCAGAAGAGAGUCUACAGCUGCCCUCAGUGCCGACAGACCUUCAUACCAAGACCAGCUUUAGGUAAAAACACCAUGCUGGCUGAAGUGGUGGAGAAACUGAAGAAAACUGAAUUCCAAACUGUUCCUGCUGGACCUGGAGAUGUGGAGUGUGACGUCUGUAUUGGAAGAAAACACAAAGCUGUGAAGUCCUGUCUGGUGUGUCUGAACUCUUUCUGUCAAAAUCACCUUGAACAACAUGAGAAUCUCUUCAAAGGAAAGAGACACGAUCUAAUGGAUGCCACUGGACGACUACAGAAGAUGAUCUGCCAGAAACAUGAAAAACUGCUGGACAUUUACUGCCGCACUGACAAGUGUUGCAUUUGUGUGCUCUGUGUGGUGGAUGAACACAAAAAACACAAAACUGUCUCAAGUGCAGUGGAGAGGGCCGAGAAACAGAAACACUUGGUUCAGACACAGAGAAAAUUCCAGCAGCAAAUCCAGGAGCGAGAGAAGAAGCUUCAGGAACUGAAAGAGGCUGUGGAGGCUCACAAGCGCUCUGCACAGACAGCAGUGGAGACCAACGAGAGGAUCUUUACUGAGCUCAUCCGCUCCAUUGAGAGAAGACGCUCUGAGAUCACACAGACGAUCAGAGAUCGAGAAAAGAUUGUAGUGAGUCGAGCUGAAAGACUCUUGAAAGAACUAGAGCAUGAAAUUGAUCAACUAAGGAGGAGAAAUGCUGAGCUGCAGCAGCUUUCACAGACACAUAAUCACACCCAUUUCCUCCAGAGUUUCCCGUCUCUCCCUGUUCCUCCUGGAUCUCCAGAUGUUCCCAGCAUCGCUGAUGGUUCUUUGGAUGUUGUAGGAAAAUCAGUCUCUAAACUGAGACAGAAACUGGAGGAUUUCUGCAGAGAAGAGACUGAAAAACUCGCUGGAAGAGUGAUAUGCAUCCAGAUCAUUCCCACCCCAGAGUAUGAGAGCAGGAAAGACUUUCUACAGUAUUUCUGUCAAUUUACUCUGGAUCCAAACACAGUGCAUGAACACCUCAAUCUGUCUGAGGGGAACAGAGUGGUGACUUACAGUAGAACACACCAAGAGUGUCCUGAUCAUCCAGACAGAUUUAGUUUUUGGCCACAGGUGUUGUGUAUUGAGAGCGUGCGUGAACGCUGCUACUGGGAGGUUGAAUGGAGUGGUGAUUAUUGUGUGUGUAUAUCAGUGUCUUAUCAGAGUAUAAGCAGAAAGGGAUGGGGUAAUAAGAGCAAAUUUGGAAGUAAUGAUCAGUCUUGGUGUUUAAUCUGCUCUCCUUCCAGUUACACAUUCUGUCAAAAUAACCAGCAGACUAAACUCUCUGUAGUGUCCAGCUCCCGUAGAAUAGGAGUGUAUGUGGAUCGCAGUAUUGGCAUUCUGUCUUUCUACAGCGUCUCUGACACAAUGACCCUCAUCCACAGAGUCCAGACUACAUUCACUCAGCCUCUCUAUCCUGGGUUUAGGUUUAUUUUUCCAUUUGUGUACAGAUUAUUUGGAUCAGCUGAAUAUCCAACAGUGAAACUGUGUGAUAUAAAAUAGAUGGUCCAUGGAUUCAGCACAUGCUGAAUUGCCUAAAAUAGUUAAUGGGAUUUGAAAGAUGUUGCUGCUUAGUAACAAUACACACUUGUUGAUGUAACAGAUUUGAUUAGAUCGAAAAAAGAUAAGAGUAAAGAGCUUCAGAUCUUCAGUAGGACUCUACCCCUCAUAUAAUAAUGCAUUUACAUUUAUGUGGGAUUGCUGCAAUAUUUUAUGCCUGUACACGUCACGUGUUUACAUUUCUGUAAUAUGCAACCUGAAUUCCGGAAA